AUGCUCAAUCUGACUGUUCUUUUUGUCCUGGCGAGCGUAUGCCGGGCCUUUUAUCUGCCCGGUGUGUCGCCGACUGACUACGAGGCGGACCAGCGAGUCCCGCUUCUUGUGAACAGUUUAACACCCUCUUAUUCGUCUCAAUCGCGCAACGUCAAGAGUAUUAUUCCUUACGAUUACUACAACAAAAACUUUAACUUUUGCAAGCCCUCGGAGGGUCCCAAGCACCAGAGCGAGUCGCUAGGCUCAAUUUUGUUUGGAGACCGAAUUUUUAACUCACCAUUUGAACUGUACAUGCUGCGCAACGAGUCAUGCAAGCAACUAUGCUCGUCAACGUACACUGCACAACAGGCGGUGUUUGUGAACCGAAAGAUUCGCCAGGAGUACAAUCUCAACUGGCUGAUUGAUGGGUUGCCUGCAGGAACAGAAACGCUUGAUGGGAAUGAGAUUUACUAUUCGUUAGGAUUCCCGCUUGGUCAAGUUACUGAGGACCGGGUUCCAAUUCUUAAUACGCACUAUAAUAUUAUUGUGGAGUACCACACAACGCGUGCAGGCAAGCAUCGCGUGGUUGGUGUAUCUGUAGACCCAUACUCUGAACGCAACAAGCCUGCUGAGGACGGGUCAAUCACGUGUGGUUCCGAGGAAGCAGUUGAGUUGACUGUGACGGACGAUACCCAGGUUGUUUUCACCUAUUCUGUUACGUGGGUUCCCAGCAGCACUGUUUGGGCGACGCGUUGGGACAAGUACUUGCACGUGUUUAAUCCAAGCAUCCAGUGGUUUUCGUUGGCCAAUUCAAUCAUUUCGGUGUUGUUUUUGACGGGCAUGGUAGCGACGAUUUUGUUACGGACACUGCGCAAGGACAUUGCACGAUACAAUGAGAUUGACUUGACAGAGGAGAUUCAGGAGGACAGCGGGUGGAAGCUUGUUCAUGGAGAUGUGUUCAGAUCGCCAAAGAAUAGAAUGUUGUUGUCUGUGUUUUUGGGCUCUGGCGCGCAAUUAUUUUUUAUGGGCGGUGCCACUCUUGUGUUUGCGCUGCUUGGGUUUUUGUCUCCUUCCAACCGUGGAUCACUGACCACUGUUAUGAUUGUUUUCUACACCUUUUUCGGGUUUGUUGGAGGAUAUGUGUCAGCUCGGUUUUACAAGACGUUUGGCGGUGAAGCUUUUAAGUUGAAUGCAAUUUUGACGCCAAUCUUGGUACCUGGAAUUGUUUUUUCAGUGUUUGUUUUGCUCAACUUUUUCCUGAUUUUCGCCCACUCUUCUGGUGCGGUUCCAUUUGGCACUAUGCUUGCUCUGAUUGCCAUUUGGUUUGUGAUUUCGAUUCCAUUGUCUGCAUUGGGCAGUUUCCUUGGGUUCAAGCGGGAAGCGUUUUCUUUCCCUGUUCGUACUAACCAGAUUCCACGACAGAUUCCAACCCAGCCCAAAUCUCUGCGGUUGGUGCCAUCUGUGUUGUUUGCAGGCAUUCUUCCCUUCUGUGCCAUCUUUAUUGAGGUGUACUACAUUUACAACUCACUGUGGUUCCAUAAGGUGUACUAUAUGUUUGGGUUUUUGUUUGUGUGCUGUCUGUUGAUGAUUAUGACGACAGCCACGGUCACUGUGCUUUUGACGUACUUUUUGCUGUGUGCUGAGAACUACCACUGGCAGUGGCGGGCGUUUUUCGCUGCUGGUGCCUGCAGUGUGUAUAUUUUGUUGCAAGCAGUGGUAUAUCUUGUGUUCAAGCUGUCGCUUGGUGGAUUCAUUUCGAACGUGCUUUAUAUUGGGUACAGCGUUCUGUUGUCGUUUGUUGUGUUUGUUUUGACUGGGUCGAUUGGCUUCAUUGUGGCCUUUUUCUUUGUGCGCAAGAUUUACGGCUCCAUCAAGAUUGACUAA